CCACGAUAUUAACUACGAUCCGCACUACAACCAUAUCCUGCAAACCGACCUGCAAAUGCUGGGGAAGUUGUUCUGGUUUCUCGGCACCUGUGCGCCCUCGGAGACAGCGCGAAGUACCGCGGAAGCCGUACUGGAAUACUGUUCUCAUGUAUCGCAAGAAAAAAGUGUUACAGUUACACAUUGUGUUGCAAGACCGGCAACACAGAUAACCUCUCUCAUGCAGGAAAUGCUUGGGAUCCUCAUUUUCUUCCUGUUUUCCCUUGUGAUUUUCGCAUUACAAGUUUUCCCUGCCACACAGAGAAAAUUUGUGAUGCAGAAACUACUCCAACAAAUGUGUAACUGUAACACUUUUUUCUCGUGAUAUCAUGAUCGCUGGUGGGAGGACCGCCUGUGUGCACGUCUGGGGUCGUGCGGGUUGUUCGCAAGUAGAGCUCGUAGCUCCACGGGUGUUGUUGUUGACCCCGAGCGUGAGCCAGAACCUACAAAAAGUGAUGCCACGGAACAAGCGGCUUCAGGAGGAACAACCGGAAAUACAAAUCAAGAAGGCGCUAGCAUAACGGGGACCAGAACAACGUUGAACAGAGCACAUGAAGCCGACGAUGUUGCAACACCUUCAACAGCUAGAGCAGCUAUUCCUGCUUCUAAUGUUGGAACAAAGCCGCGUCCUUCAUUCGGUGCUUGCAAGAAAGAUGAGGUAGUAGAUAUGGAUCGGAAGAGGAAAAUCAUUCGCGACGCCAGCCUUCUGUUGGAGGGCCUGUCUCGAAUCGUCGGGGCUGAUGAAAAUGUACUAGUUUCUGGCGCGGCUGAAGAAAAGCGGAGAAUUUCAAAUUCUUCUACUACCAGCAAUAUGGUGCCGGCGGUAGAGGGAGGAGACAGCGCAGCUAGUGUCACAUUUUCCGCUACAUUCAAAAGUACUAGUGCUGAAACAGAGCUUCACGACAGCACAGCGACGACACCUUCUCCUCUCCCGCCGCUGUCCACAGGGGAUAAAUUUCUUCCCUCCAACGAGAUCACAAAUUAUUCUCAGCGAGCCGCAAAAAGUUUUGCUCUUGCGGUGGCGAGGUUGCUGCCCAGCGAAGGAGUCGUGAAGAGGAACCAAAAAAUAGGUUUAUCGAUCGAGCCAGCCGGGCGAGUUUCUGUUUCUUUCCCUUCUGACGGAGCAGGAGUUUCAUCCACAACAACUGGACAAGAGUCCGAUGCGAAUAUCGCUGGAGAAGAGAGCAUAUCCUGUGCAAAAGCCUCGUAUUCGUAUAAAUGCAAGACUUGCAUUACAAAUCUUGUCCUUAAGGUAAAUCCGCAUUACAAACGUCAUUUCUCAUGCUGAGGAAAUUUGUAAUGCAUUUAUACGAGUACGAAUACGAUACUUUUGCAAUGCAUAAAGCACUGGCGCGAACACUAGCGCAAAGAACAAACCACGUCCCCGGAAGAAGAAGAGCGUCUUCAAUUUUCCCGAGCAAGAGGAGGAAGUAGAGCCAACAUCAAGCAUAGUACAUGAACAUGAAAAAGAAAUACAUAUACAUCAACAUCGACCAACAUCAUCUUCAUCGGCAUCGCCGUCCUCGCCGGAAGGAGGACGUAGAAAAGAAGUAACUACACCAGCAGGAGAAGGACGAGAGUUUCUUACGCGAAAACGGUUGCCGGUGGAACAGCACUUUCCUAUCGACGAGAAGCAUUUGAAUAUGGGAAGAGAAAAAACCAAUCACAAUGAAAUUCAAUUUUACGCAAAACAGAGCCGCGCGUCCACGUUUCUGUAAAGGCACGGAAAAAAAAGCAAUGGUGCAGUUUAAGAAAGAAAAUCAAAAUACCUAUUUUCGAGGCGAGAUAAUAAACAUGCAAAACGCGAAAUGAAACAGUACAGUGAUGGACUUUUUCCAUUUCCAUAUUGCAGCGCAUCACAGCGGCCUUUGCUCGGUUGCGGGGAAUAGUCACGACGGCUUGCCCAGGCGAUGAAGAAACCGCUGCUGCACCUACUUCAUCUGCAGCUGCAAGAAGAGUAUGGAUCGCGGACAUGAUCGGGGGCGACGGCGAGGACGGUGAUUUUCGGGAGGAACAAGCGAACAGGAACAUUGAUGAGAAAAAACUGAGCGUGACUUAUCCACUAGCGUGUAGCAUCUGACACUCCACUACGUAAUAUGUCCGUUGGAACAAGAAAUGUUGGUCAGUCAGAAUUGGAUAAUUACUCUGGUAAAU